UGACGUGCCAAUGUUUUGAAUCGUGCGGGCUAACAAACAGCACGGAGAGAGCCUGAAGCCUCUGCACUGACCAGCAUCCCCCUAACACAUCUGGGGAAAACUUAAAGCUUGAUGUCCCCAUAAUUCCUAUCACGUUUGCAGUCACUGCUGCUGCACUGCCCUGACCAUCUCCUCUGCUGCACAGUAGGAGAACGCAAUGGACCUCCACAAAAUCAUCCACAGUGCACUGCACGACUUUAUUAAGGCUUACAUCCCUGAUGCAGACCUCAGCACGCUGGAUGAUGUUCUUCUGUCUUACAUCACUGGAGUCCUGGAGGAUCUCGGCUCCCAGCAGAGUGUAGAGGAGAACUUUGACGUGGAGGUCUUUGGAGAGAUGCUAGAAGCUUACAUACCUGGUUUUGCUGAAAUUGAAAGUGUCCAGGUCUGUGAAAUGAUGUUUAAUCUGGCUGCAAAACUAGCCACUGCUCGGACCUCAGCUGAUGGAGAAAACGCUGAGCCUAAGGCAAGGACAGAAGAGAUCUCACUGAAACUCACCACCUUGCCCAGUGAACCUCCACCAGGAGAAACGCAGUGCCUUAAAACACAGACAGAGGGCGCCACUGCCAAGCUACCAGUGUCUGAGUGGGAGUCUCAGGAGCAGCACCUGCUAGAAAUGUUUCCCAAGUGUAGCCUGUCUGAGGCUCGCAGCGCCCUAUCUAUUGCCAAAGGAGACAUGGAGGAAGCUGUGCGUCUUAUCAUAGAGGGUGACGUCCAACUCAGCCCAACUCCUCUUAACGUAAACCAUGGGAAGAGUUUUUCUUCAACGGGAGACCAGAAACUUAAAGAAAGCAUCCUUGAGAAGUACAUGCUGGUGGACAGGGAGGAGGAUAAGAAAACACACCGACCUGUUGCUCCCAAAGAUGCUCCAAAGAAGCUAGUUCGGUACCACAGUAACCAGGUAGUGACCACAAAAGGAGAGCGAUAUCAGCUUGUGAAGAAAGACGAGGCAGAGGAUAUGAAGAAGACGUAUGUCAACCUCAAGCCUGCACGAAAGUACAGAUUCCAUUGAUGAUGAGCACAAUUGUGUAAGAGCAGCUACUGACAAUAUUGUUUACACUUUUUAUUUUAUUUAUUAAGUUCAGUCGGCCUGCAUUUGAUAGAUUUUUUUUCCAAGUAGAGGAAUGUGGUUGUUAGUGUCAGUGGCUUUUUUUCUUCUUCUUUUUUAAAAAUAUCGUUACCGUUAUAUGCCUUGGUUAAAACAUUAUAUUAAAGUGUUUCAGUUGCUUGAAGAGCUUUUAAAAACUUGUUUGAUAUUUUGGUGAGGAUGUUGUAACUUGUGUUCUAGUUUGUGUAACAUCCUAAUCUAUCUACUUUUUGCCAUCUCAGCAGGUCUGAUGUUGCACUGACAUUAGUGUCUUUCCUUUUUUACCUCCUCAUUUUUUAUUUUUUUUUAUUUGUAUUUUCUUUAACGUACAAUAGACGACAUGGAUUCAUAAUUAUGAGAAGACAAUGGAGAAUAAUCUAUCGUCAUUUCUGUAAAUAAGUUCUCGUGGUGCUGUUGAGUUUUUUCUGGACAUGAUAAGUCUCAACUGCUUUUUUAUGUACAAAACUAAUCAUUGAUGCUAGCUUCAUUUAAAGUUCUAUUUUUACAUCAUGCAGGAGUGCAGUGUUGUGAUGGUUGAGCCUUGAGAUUUGAUCAAUUCGUUGUGCUACAAAAUUGUUUUUUAAUGGUUUUCUGAGACAUCAAGAUUUAUUUUUAUGAACAUUUGUACAGCAGAUAGCCACAACAAUCUAAGGGUUUGAUUUGUGGUCUCCCUUGUCUUGUCUAGUGCUUUUGAUAAAGCCACAGUAUUAUUUACUUACAAAAACCAGGCUAUGAGGUGUACAGUACUGAACGUCAACUAAAGAGUUUUUCCUGCACAAAGCAAGUUAAGAGAGCUAUCUGAAUAAUGUUGUUGGAGAUCUUUUUUUCUCUUUUAAAGAAAUAUUUAUUUAUUGGGUUGUGUGAGGUAUCUAUCAAUAGUCAGUGAUUUACCAAAAGUAAAUAGCGAUCUACUGCUGCCCCUGUCAUUUGAUUGUUUGUGUUAUUGUGUGAUGGUUUUUAAAGGGUUAGUUCGGGUUCACCGAAGUCACACAAUAACACAAACUAAACUUUCGAGGUAGUGGUAGACCAGCAACUCCCUUGUACUUCAAGGUAAAUUUACUGUUUUUGUCAAUGGAGUCUGGUAGCUUUGAAAAAGAGCAUACUACUUAAGUUCUCUUUGCAUAAACUUAAACAGAAAUGUAUGACAGCAAGGUAAAGUUGAAGUUGAGUCGCUUCCGUGUCUGUUCUCCUGCAUGUUCCUCUAAACUGGAGGCGUGUCGACUGACAUUUACCAAAGCUAAAACACUGAUUAUGGAUUAAUACCUCAUACAACCCCACUUCAUAAAAAUACACUAACAAUUUACAUACAAUUUUAUGACUCAACUUAUGGAAAAAUCCUUUUUAACUAUCAGUAAAUUAAAUGGUAAAUUAUUUUCUAGCACAACAAAUACAAAUCUCAAGAGGUGCCCAUACUAUUACAGCACUAUCAUUUUUGGCAAAGUGACGUGAAUGACUGGUUGCCCCCUAAAAUGUUAAGCAAAACAUGCUGUGGGAGGACUUGAUUUAAAGUUCAUUCCAACAGCAUUAUCUUUAUUUUUGAUAUAGAUGUUUAGAUUUGAAAAGUCUCCGAUCAUGUAUUUAUUGUGAGGAGGGCCAUUGCAGUGCUUUCAGGGUGUUUACAUGAUGUUAGUGGUCCUCUAUCGCAGCUCGUUUCAUCUCAUUUGUGUCGUGGAUUUUGCUUCGCUUGUGAUUGUUGGUUGUGAAAAAUUAUGAUUGGAUUCUUAUAUCUUGUGAGUUGUAUAUUAGGACAACUGGGUUGGUCAGGUGCUUUUUACUUCUUCUUUUUUUUUUUUAAACAAAUAUAUACUGUUGUUUAUUUGUGUUUCCAUCUUGAUCAAUUUCAAGCAAAUAAAAGCAAUUGUUUUUAUUUGGUGGUAUAAUCUAGUUUUCCUGAGUGUAGGUGUAACACAUUCGAGUGUGGAAAAAAUGUAUGCUGAUUAUCAGCAGCGAUGUCGUCUUAAUUACUAUAUGAAGCUGUUUAGUCAGUUUUGUUGGAGUUUUAACCCUGCGCUUUGAGAAACUGCUGACGCACAAUUUGUAGUAAAUAAAUACAAUUUUUUGUAGAUCA